AGCAACAGAGCUAAAAAUCUCUAUGCAUCUCUUGCUUACUCUUUUUACUUUUUUCUUUUAACCUGCCUUGUGUGAUGCGUGUGAAGUUUUGCAAACCAUCCCACAGAGGCUGGCUGCGGUGACUGAGUGCGUGCGGUAAACUCAUCAUUGGCGCAAGAUCAAGAGCAGUGGCUCCACUAACUGUACCUGGGGUGGUUUUCACAACCUCAUUUUGGUCAGUCCCUGGGUAUUUUUAGAAUGAGGCUGCUCGGGCAAAUGAGGAAGUCUGGCAGAAGUUUCUUCCGGGCUUCUCCUACGUGCUGCUCUCCAUGUGGUUGUGUGGACAUGAGAGCACACUCUGAAGAUGAACCCAAAUAACGCUGAGUUGGAGAGGGCCAGCAACAGCUCUGCUGAGAGCCUGAGCCCACCUUUCAGGAGCGUCCACGUCAGCUUCACAGCUGGCUCCUCCGACAGCCUCAACUCUGACACUCAGGCCGGCAGUGAUGGCAGGCAUUCGUCUGAGCCAAACCACUCACCCCCUCCAGCUGAAAGCCUGGCAUUUCCCCCUGUCCCCUUCCCUCCUGCCUCCGGUGAUGACAGUCUCUCUUCUGUCUCAAGCCGCCCGCCUCCUCUGCCUCAGAAGAAGACAGUGAGCAGGACGGUGUCCUCUCCAGAUGGCUUUUUUGUGGGACAGGGGUCUUCAGGCAGAGCAGCUGGCACUGCUUGCCCCAGGCUGAACGUCAGCCAUUCUGAGAGCAACGUCUGCCUCCAUGAGGACUCUCCUUUCCUCCACCUGGCCAGCCUCAGAGGUCACCCCAGCAUCUUCUCCUCCUCAGAGUCCCUGGAGAAAGGCUCCAAAGGAAAUGGCUACUGGGGCUCAACCACCAGCAAGAACACAGGGACCUGCGUCCCCAGUAGAAACCUCCAGUCCCGUUCUUCCUCGCAGCUCAGCAUGUCCAGCCAGGUAUCAUCAGGCUCCAGCCUCCAGCUCCACAACCUCCUGAGCAAUAUUGACAGCAAGGAGGGGGUGUACGCCAAGCUGGGGGCCCUCUAUGCUGAGUCUUUGCGCCGCCUGGUUGCGAAGUGUGAGGAUUGCUUCAUGCGAGAGCAGAAGAAUGAGCUGCACUUCAAUGAGAACAACUGGUCACUCUUCAAGCUGGCGUGCAACAAGCCCUGCUGUGACUCAGGGGAUGCAAUCUACUACUGUGCCACCUGCUCCAAGGACCCUUCCACCACCUAUGCUGUGAAGGUAAGGCUGUGACAAAGGUAAGCCUGGGCAAAGAGCUUCAGGGUCUGCAUCCCACAGAAUCGUAGAAUGGCUUGGGUUGGAAGGGACCUCAAGGAUCAUCAAACACUACCCCCCACGCUGUAUGCAGCACUGCCAACCUCCACAUUUAAUACUAGACCAGGGCCCCAUCCAACCUGGCCAAUAGCAGAGCUGGGACUGAAUUUCUGGGUUCCUUUCCAUUGGACACCAAAUGAAAGAGCAGAAUUAGCAAUACAGCUUUAAGAAGCACCACCAGUAUUUGCUGGCCUGUUUUCCUCGGGUUCAUCAUUCUCACAACUGAAGUUUGGCAAGUGAAAAUCCCUCCCAAGAUUGCUAGUCUUCCUUCACACCUUGAAAGGGUUGAUUUGGAGAUGUAGGUUUUUGUUGUAACAAAUGUCAGCUGGGUGCCUACUUCUGCAGACGUUGGGGUUUACAACACAACCCAUUUCUCUCUAAAAAAAACUUUGUGCAAAUACUAUGUUGUGUGUUCUGACAACAGAAGCUGCUUAAAAGCUAUCAAAUACAUCCAUUUUCCCUCUGCCUGCCUUUUAAGUGGGAGGUUUGAUCCAGAAACUGUGUGAGUGCUUGCGUGAUCUUGAAACUACAGGCUUUAAGAUUUUUCAGGUCUCAAUUAAACAAAACAAGGCUGACCUAGACAUGGUGUGUAAGGUCAGACCUGCCUGAAAUAUGUGUAUUCCUUUCACUGUGUAGAAUCUACAUUUGAAAUGGAAACUUGAGGUGCCAUGGUCAAGCUCUCUGAAACCUAGAUCAAUAAAUUUCAUGCACAUUUCAUGGCUUCAGUGUUCUUGAUCCAAGUUAUUGCUUGAAUACUGAGCCUUUAAUUUCUAUUUGGACUUCAGCCUAAGGGAAGUUCAUUGCUGCUUCCUCUUUAUAUUGCUUUUAAAAACCUAAAAUAAUUCCCCAAAAAAGCAAUGCUAGAGAUGCAUUAAGCAAGAAGAAAAAAUUCUUCUGAACUGUUUUCACUAGUACAGCCCCCAAGGGGGUGUUUUAGCUAAGUGAUAGCUUUAAAGCCAGUUGAUUUUUUUCAAAGAAAGUAGGGUCAACCCAACAGGAGGACUCUGAAUAACCAGAGUAGAGUUGGAUGGGGGCUUGCUGCCAGUCCAACACUCAGAGCAGCAGCUUCUCUUGCACAUUAUUCCUAAUCCAUGGAAAAUUUCCUCCAGAAACCUGAGAGCUGCAUGGUGAAGUGGCAUGUUCCUUUUCAAUGUGUGAUUCCCUGUGGUACACGCAGACCCUCCAUCUUGCCUGCUAUGCCUGGGGGGUUCAGAAGCUAAGCUCUACUGCUGUAGUGGAUGAAUUACUGCCAAGACAGAAAUGCCACAUUUUAGUCUCUUAAUGGGUCUGUGCUUGUCUCCCUGUGCUCUUGCUAUGCUGCAGAGCACUGUAAUAAAGCCAAAACCGGUCCAACAGGGCAGUGCUCUGAGCCAGCAUUAAGUGAAGUUACAUAUGUGCUUAUGCGUGUGCACUCGCACAUCUGCAGUGUUCCAAUGGGCCAUCUUCUUUUUGGUAGGUGAAAUAGAGAAUACUUGCAAAGCUUUACCAUUGGCUGAUUUCUAGCUGCUCCUCCUGGCUUGUGGUAAAGAUUUUUGGACAUGUAAGAAAUCACAGACCUGUAGUUAAAAUUAGAUUUGGAUAACUUGUGACGGGUAGAGGACCUGACUUGUGCAGCCAGAGCCAGAGUUUGGGCUGUGCAAAGGCAGACAUGAAUACAUCUAAAUUAGCUGGAAGGACCCAAGGUUACAUGAAAUGUCUUUAGAGGAAUUAAGUAAAGAUACACUCUACUCCUUGGCUUCUUUCUCUGCUUAAAGAUGAAUGACUAAUCCAGCCUCAAGCUCUUGCUUGGUCUUGCUGCAUGGAGGAUGCCUCUGGUGCAAGUGAAAGUCAUGAAGAACAGCUGACUGGGGAGGAUCUCCCUGACCCUAUCUGGUUUCAUUUAUUCUCCUGAGGACUCCUCUUUCCCUUGUCCUAAGCCUUAUGAGCCUUAACCAUGUGAGGAGGAACAAGCAAAUUUGAGCAGCAAGGAAAUGGAAGGUUUCCUCUGCCAUUGGAAACGUUUGGGCUUGCUGUGAGCCAAUCUGCAGUCUGUCCAACUCUCCAGAGAUUAUCUUUCCACAAAAUAAGCAUGCAGCAGAGUAUUUUUGUUUAGAAGAGAAAGGACAAUAGGAGCUUGAAAUGCUCUAUCUCCACCCUAUCAUCUCAUCUGAGUGAAUUACCUGCAAGAGCCUAGAUUCGAACCACUGCUAGUGGAAUACAAAAGCAGCCUGCUUCCCUAGCUCCUCUCUAUUCUUGAAUUUAUUUUAACUCAGAGGCAAAAUUGAUUUCUCAUCCAAUUUUGCACGCAUGCCGUAACUGGCAGUGGCACGCUCCAGGGUUUGAAACCUUUUAUGCUGUGUUUCAGCCUGUUGUUGAUUCCUGUGGGUAAGAUAUAAAUAUAUCCCUAAAUAAAAGGGGGAAAAAAAAAAAAGUAUAAUAGAAAUGCCAGAAGGCCCCAUAAGUUAAUGGAUACUCCCAUAAUAAAACUGGUUUGGAGUUUGCUUAGUCCUUAAUGCUCAAAUAUAAAAUGAAAUGAAAACAAAGUCACGUUAGUUUAAGAAAAUCUAGACUAGAAAAUGUUU